AAGACACAAGGCAACGAGCAUGGACAGCAGCAACACCAAUCCUUCUAAUCUGAGUUCAGAUUCUUCAGAAGGAAAUGAGCAAGAAUUCCGUUCCUACACAGCAUGGCUUGCAGCCCUUGCCUUUUUGCUUGGUUUUCUGCUUACACUCCUCGGAUGGAAGUAUCAAAACCCAGGGGUCUCUGUAUUUGACACACAUUGUGCAAUCAUAUUGCUCUUGAUAUUAAAUGUAUGUACUUGCACUAUAUCAUUGGCAAUGAUAAUAGUACUACCAACUUCCAACAAAACCCAUCUCUCUUUCUUCAAGAAUGUGUUUCUCUUCUCUGGGGUUUUUGCAUGUGACUUGGUUUUGUUGGUUCUUAUUCCUCCUCUCGGAUGGUUCAUUUUCAGUAUAUCUGUAUCUGUUCUUGUAUGGUUGCUUUAUGCCUCACACAAACUGAUUCUUCGAUGCUGUCGACAAACUCUCGAAACAAUGCGGCACUCCACUUCCAAGGCAUUCCACAGUUUAUGUGAUUGGUUCCCACAGAGUUUUCAAUCAGUUUGGAGAGCACAUCCCCAAGCAUCUACUGGACCUUCGAUGCCAACUCACAACAUGGAGAAACAUGUGUUUGGUUCGACAAAUGAUGUAUAAUUGGAGAUUCGCCUUAAUUUCAUCUUUUUUGCUUGGGUAA